UUUGUCCGAUGGAUGAAGAAAUUACCACGUGACUCAGUCCAGUCUAUAUUAGAGUUUUCGAUAGUACCCCAAGAAUUGAAAGAUUUUGCGGCAGGCUCGAUGGGAGCAGCUGGGGUAGACGGCAGGUAUAAUCCCACCAAAAUUGGGACGUCACAACUAUCCCUUCGGACGAUACGUGAGGAACCUCAAACCUCCCGUGAUCCACAGGGACGUCCAUCAAACGGUACACUUUUCCACAUCUCACUAAAAAUAUCGCAGCGUGACUGGCUGAUGUUUGCUAACAAACUUGGGUUUACUGAAAUCGAAGUGGAAAAAAUUAAAAGAUUGGCCCCAGAUAGACCCAGGGAUCAGGUGUUUGAGCUUCUUCAGCGAUGGAUUGCUCGUGAUGGUAUGAUGGCAACCAAUUCUACCCUUGAGGGCGCUCUAGUUGACAGUGGAAUGGCGGAUGUUGCACACGCAAUGCAUGCUAUGUCGAGAACGAGUCUUAACCGACCACUUUAACCUAUAACAAAAUCGUCAAGUUCACUGACCAUUUUCAACACUGUUGGCAUUGGAUUAUCCAAUAUAUUUAUUAUUCACUUGAAGCGGAGAGGUAAUCGCCACUUGCGUAGGCGUGGGAAUUAAGACCUAAGCGACGAUGACAAUACGCGCUAAAACCGCAAG